GAGUCAUUUCCGGCGCGACCGGAAGACGAGGGGAACCGUUUGGGGAACGGACUGACCUGAACGCUCUCCCGGGUCCGGAAGGUGUUCGCCGGGAAUUACACUCGUGAAAUCCGGGGCUUUAUGUGGAACUCAAUCAGGAAAAUGAGGCCCACAGGAGACGAUCAACCUUCUCAAUCAAGAUAAUAUUUGCUGGUAUACGUCAGAACAAGUGUCCACCCAAGGUUCUUUUGUUGCCUUGUCAGGAGAAACAUGAACCAGAAGCUACUGAAGUUUGAGAAUUUGCUACGGUUUCAUACUCUUUGUAGGCAGUUACACAGAGAGUACCGCUCUCUGGGUCAAAGAAGACCGUUAGCACCGUGGUGGCUUUCAGCUGCUUAUCCAACAUGGACAACUCACCUUUAUGCCCGCCCCUGGCGGACAGAUGUGCUCAUUGGGACUGCUUUAUUUCAGUAUAGGCUUCUAGUAACAAAGAAGGAAGAAAGACCACAGAAAUCUCAGUUACCUUCAACAAAAUCUAAAAAGGAAGUCGAAGUCUGGAUUGGAAUGUCCGUUGAGGAGUUGGCCAGAGCAAUGGAAAAAGACGUAGAUUAUGUCUAUGAAGCCUUAUUGAACACUGCUAUUGACGUAGAUUCCCUAGAAGCAGACUCCUAUUUAGAUGAAGUCUGGAUCAAAGAAGUGAUAAAGAAGGCAGGGAUGAAGUUAAAAUGGAGCAAAUUAAAACAGGACAAAGUCAGAGAGAAUAAAGAUGCUGUAAAAAGGCCCCAGGCAGAUCCAGCUUUAUUAACCCCAAGGUCUCCAGUCGUUACUAUAAUGGGCCAUGUUGAUCAUGGGAAAACAACAUUACUUGACAAACUUCAAAAAACUCAAGUGGUAGCAAUGGAAGCUGGAGGCAUCACCCAGCACAUUGGUGCUUUUCUUGUCUCUCUACCUUCUGGGGAAAAGAUAACCUUUCUUGAUACUCCAGGACAUGCUGCCUUCUCAGCAAUGAGAGCCCGAGGUGCUCAGGUCACUGACAUUGUCGUGUUGGUUGUAGCUGCAGAUGAUGGGGUCAUGAAACAAACUGUAGAAUCUAUUCAACAUGCCAAAGAUGCUCAAGUUCCUAUUGUCCUUGCCAUAAACAAAUGUGACAAAGCUGAGGCUGAUCCUGACAAAGUGAAAAAAGAGCUGCUGGCUUACGAUGUGGUGUGCGAAGAUUACGGAGGUGACGUUCAAGCAGUGCAUGUCUCUGCACUCACGGGUGAUAAUCUGACGGCUUUGGCAGAAGCAACAAUUGCUCUUGCAGAAAUGUUAGAACUGAAAGCAGAUCCCACCGGUCCAGUGGAAGGAACAGUUAUAGAAUCUUUCACAGACAAAGGAAGAGGUCCUGUUACCACAGCUAUCAUUCAAAGAGGAACUUUGAGAAAAGGUUCAAUCCUGGUUGCUGGAAAGUGUUGGGCAAAAGUACGCUUAAUGUUUGAUGAAAAUGGAAAAACAAUUAAUGAAGCCUAUCCUAGCAUGCCAGUGGGAAUUAUAGGCUGGAGAGACCUUCCUUGUGCAGGAGAUGAAAUUCUUGAAGUAGAAUCUGAGCCAAGGGCACGUGAAGUUGUUGAUUGGAGAAAGUAUGACCAAGAACAGAAGAAAAAUAAAGAAGAUCUGAAAAUAAUAGAAGAAAAGCGAAAGGAACACCAAGAAGCACAUCGGAAAUCCCGUGAGAAGUAUGGCACUUUGCACUGGAAGGAGAGGUCAUUUAUAAAGUACAUAGAAAGGAAAGAACAAAAACUCUUAAAGCCAAAAGAGAAAAUCAAAAGAGAUUCAAAUGUACUUCCUAUAAUUAUUAAAGGUGAUGUUGAUGGUUCCGUUGAGGCUAUUUUGAACGUUGUGGAUACCUAUGAUUCUUCACAUGAGUGUGAACUAGAAUUAGUACAUUUUGGAGUGGGCGACAUUAGUGAAAAUGAUGUCAACCUUGCUGAGACAUUUGAUGGUGUUAUAUAUGGCUUUAAUGUGAAUGCAGGCAAUGUUAUCCAGCAGUUGGCUGCAAAAAAAGGAGUAAAAAUUAAACUUCAUAAAGUCAUUUACCGUCUUAUUGAAGAUUUGCAGGAGGAAUUGAGCAGCAGAUUGCCCUGCACUAUGGAAGAACACCCGAUAGGUGAGGCUUCUAUACUAGCUACGUUCUCUAUAACAGAAGGGAAGAAAAAAGUUCCUGUGGCUGGCUGCAGAGUCCAAAGGGGACAGUUAGAAAAGCAAAAAAAGUUCAAAUUAAUUCGUAAUGGACACGUUAUUUGGAAGGGCUCCUUAACCUCACUGAAACACCAUAAAGAUGAUGUUUCAGUUAUCAGAACUGGAAUGGAUUGUGGUCUCAGUUUAGAUGAAGAAAAAAUAGAAUUUAAAGUGGGAGACGAAAUUGUGUGCUAUGAAGAAAAGGAAGUUCUAACCAAGACUUCUUGGGAUCCAGGAUUUUAAAGUUACAUUAAAAAUGUAAAUGACUAAAUA